AGCAGCCCAGCUCCUGCAUUUUGCUGCCUUACUCUGCCCUGAAAGCACUGAAGUGGGGAUGGUCCGUCAUUAACUCUAAACUGAUUUUCAUCAGGAAACUGCACAUUAUCUCAUCAUCACUUCAAAGAUCUCGUCAGGCAGAGGUGUCGCCAGGAGAUGAUUUAAAGGUGAAAAUGACAAGGUUUCCACCCCUCAAACCUUGGCUUCUUUUCUGACAAUACAGUCUGAAUGAACCAGAUGUCUCCUUUAUUGUGGAAAUAGCAUUGGAAGAGAAAAACAUAUUUUUUUAAAUCCUGAUAAAGAAGAUUAUUGGGAAGCUCUUUUUAAAAAAAUCUCGAAUUGUGGCACAGAUGGAUUUUAGAAAGUGUUAGAGCUUUCCAAUGAACACUAAUAGAGUACUCUGCUCUUGGCUGGAUUUUUCAGAGAAUGGCUAUGGUCUCUGCGAUGUCCUGGGUCCUGUACUUGUGGAUAAGUGCUUGUGCAAUGCUGCUCUGCCAUGGAUCUCUUCAGCACACUUUUCAGCAACACCACCUGCACAGACCAGGAGGGACGUGUGAAGUGAUAGCCGCACACAGAUGUUGUAAUAAGAAUCGCAUUGAGGAGCGGUCACAAACAGUCAAGUGUUCCUGUCUGCCCGGAAAAGUGGCUGGGACAACAAGAAACCGACCCUCCUGCGUCGAUGCCUCCAUAGUGAUUGGGAAAUGGUGGUGUGAGAUGGAGCCUUGUCUAGAGGGAGAAGAAUGUAAGACACUGCCUGAUAAUUCCGGAUGGAUGUGCGCUACAGGCAAUAAAAUUAAGACCACAAGAAUUCACCCAAGAACCUAACAGAAGCAUUUGUUGUAGUAAUAAAGGAAAACCAACUCUGCAGAAAAUACAUUUUAAGAAUUUAAAACAUCUAACACAUUACAAGCCAAAUGGAUUUAUUUGCACUUUGACUGGUUACCAGAUAAUCACAGAGCUUUUACUGUGUGUCGCAAAGUGAAAAAACCAAGAGUCUUUGGCCAACACCAUGGAAAGUGUGUUUUAAAUAAAAGAGUUUUCUCAAUGAAAAUUUUGGGGAUUGUGAAGAAUGAUCAACUCUCUUCUAAUUUGGAUCUACAGUUACUUUGUAUCAUUGGAAAUAUAUGUAUAUAUAAUAUUUUGAAAUAUUAUAUAUUCUCUUCAAGAAAUGAACAGUACCACAGUUUGAGGCAGCUGGUGUAUCUCUUUGAGUUUUGGAUGUUUUGUUUUGUUUCUUUUUUGUUGUCAUUUCUUUUUCUAUUGGCAAAGAAGACAUGUGCUCUUUUGAGAGGUCGACACGGCACUCAAAAUGGAAGGCCAGCCACAGGUGGACUCCUGGAAUCUGAGACAUCAUAAUGCUGAACCAAGAGCUUCUUCUGUUUCCACAGAUGGCCCAAGGAAGCACAGCAUCCUGUUUUAUUGCUUUCUGCCCUUGCAAUAUUAGCAUGCAAGCUUGGCUUACAUAACCAUGCUUUAUAUUCAAUUGAUGUAUAAUAACCGUUUUAACCUCUUCCAGGAAAAUAUUUUUAGAACUACAAGCUUUUACACAGAUUAAAAUGUGAGGAUUCUGAAGGGAGCUGCUCCACCAUGCUAAUAAGACUCUGGCAGACUUAUGGUAGGAUAUGGAUCCUUGUACUAAUAAGUCCUGUAAAUACAAUGUCUUCAGGCUUUGUAUAGCUGUCCUAGACUGCAGAAACAUCCUCUGAUUAAAUCCAAAGUCUGGCAUCAUUAAGUACAUAGUGCUGUAGCAACAAGUCUUAUCAUGGCACCUUUUUCUACGUUUGAUUUGCUUUUUCCAAGAGCAUUCAAAUCUCUUCUGAUGAGACAGGAAAACCAUUACAGCAAUUAGGUUUCAGAAUAAUCUAUGUGACCAAAUGUUGGACAGCCCUAUUAAAGUGGUAAAUAACUUCUUUCUAAACCUAUUUGUCCUCUUUAUUUGCCAUUUAUUUUUCCUGAGUCAGUUUUAGCCAAAUCCAGAGAAUACCUGGCUUAGAGACUUGUAGUCAGUCUGUGAAGCUUUUGCUGUCAUAACAGCCACUAUUUUCAGCCCUAAUAUUUGGAAAACCAGAAACCCAUUAUUAUAACUGCAGCGUCCUCUGCCAGCAAGAUGGAAAGUCAAAUCCCAUUGUUGGGCCUUCAUAGAGAGGACUUGGAUGAUACAUACGGGGCUCACAUCCCAAAAAAGUAUUAUUGCCCAUUUUCUCUUUUUGAGAGUUACUCAGCUGAUACUUAUAUGAAGGAAAUAUCUACUUAAGUUCUAGUUCACCUGGGGAGAGCAUAAUAGUACUAGAUGUUAUUUAUCAUAUUGCAAGUGUACCUGUGUUUUCUCCAAAGCCUUUUCUCUUGAAUACAUUGUUGUUAGGGCCCCUUAUGAGAUCAGCAGCACACUAGGUCCCCUAGACAUUUUAAUGUUAAACCUCAGGUAAAAUCCAGAAGCUCCUUCAUCCCUACCAUAUAGCUUGAAGUCUGACUAAAUGUGUAAACACUUUAACCAGAUAGAUUGAUUCUACAUUUUGAAUGCUUAUAAAAGCACCCAGUAAGGAAAUGGAAUACGCAUUGCAAAAUUUAGGCUUCCCAAGCAUUUUCACAAAUAUUUGUCAGGAGGUAGCAUAAAAUUCAUACCAGAAAAUAAGAAUUUCUUAAACUCAUGGUCCAUAUCCAUGUACCAAGUAAUUGUACCAAACAUAAGAAAUUGACUUUCAUCUGUAAUUUUUGGAAUAAAAACUGAAAUAAAAUAUUCAAAGAAUUAUCUAGAAUAGUACAUCCCAAAAUGUGAAGAAAUCAAGUAUAUUUGGGAGUAUUUUUAAACAAAAUAAAAUAGAAAUAUUUACUGAGAGAAUGUUCAGUAAAAUAUUUACUGAGAGAAUUUACACAAAAAGACACUGUGUAUCUUCAAGAAACAUUAGAAUGGAGGAGCCAAGUAAAAAAACUUCCAGAAUGCAGACAUGUUGAGUGCUCACUUGACUAAUGGAGAGCUGAUUUCCUGCUUAAUGAGAAGCUACAAAAAUUAUUUCUGUGAGAGGAUAUAUUCACUGCAUUAUCAUAUCUUUAAUUUUUCAAGAGAACCAGAAAUAUGGAUUUUUACAUAAAAUCUCCUAACAUUCUUAAAUAAGAUUAACUAAAAUGAGAUUAUUUCCAUUAAAAAACCCUGCAAGCAUUAUUAUUCCCAAAUUCCCUGAUCAUGUGGUCUUUGCUAUGAGAUUAGUGUUACUGGAAUAGUCUUUUAAAAGUGUUGGUCCUGAAUGAAAAUCCAAUGAGAAGAAAAAAGGAUAUUCUCUUUUCUAUGGCCUCACACAUACAGAUCCUUAUCAAAAUUUACAAUACAUGGAAUUCACAGCUUUUCCUAUUUUAUAACCAGAGCCUCUAAGUCAGUGAAAAAGCAAGUCUAGAGGUCCAGGUCUGUUAGUUCAUUUCCUAUUGGUCAUUCAAUGCAACAGCCCCCCCAUUUGAAAGACCUGGAAGAAGAAAGAAGCGGAAAAAAAGACCACAUCAGAAUCAGGCAUCCAUCCAAUAAAACAGUUCAAAUGUUUGUAAAUGUCGUCAAAUUCAACUUAAAUUUAUCCAAGUCCCUUACACAAAUGUGUGAACCACCAACUUGUGUUUAAAUUUAACUUGCGCCAGUUUGGGGAAUUCAGUAGCUACCAUCUGCCUAUUGACUCUGAACAUUUAUGGUUUCAAAACUUAUAUCAUGUAUUUCUGGUAAU